AGCAUACGUCAUCCGUAAACAGCGCCAGUUAGCUGCCACUUAGCAUGUUGUGUUAGUAGCUGCAGCUAAGCACUUAUAAAUAAAUAAGAAUAUGGCCUUUACGCUGUACGCUCUCAUCCAGGCGGCAAUUCUUUGUGUAAAUGCUGUCGCUGUGUUACACGAAGAGAGGUUUCUCAGUAAAAUUGGUUGGGGAGUGGACCAAAGUGUUGGAGGGUUUGGAGACGAACCAGGGGUCAAAGCACAGUUGAUGAACCUUGUCCGCUCUGUUAGAACAGUGAUGAGAGUGCCGCUGAUUGCAGUCAAUUCAGUCUGCAUUGUUUUGCUACUACUGUUUGGGUGAGAUGAAUUCAUGGAAGAUCUUCUCCAGCAUCUCAGGAAACUCCUCCAAAAACCGAGUGAUGAAUGUUGUCAUCUCCUUUUCCACAUCAUCAAAUCAUUACACUUGUUGUAAUUACAUGUAUUAAUACAUUUACAAUGUUUCUUUUUAAAUGUGGGUGUCUUGUUGUCUGGCAGACUCAUUGCAAAGUCUCUGCAACUGAUGAUAGUACACUUAGCCAUGCCACUGUUAAUUAAUGUUUUAAUACCAAAUAAAACCACUAUUGCAAGAAUAAAAUAAUUAUAAAACGACACUGCUGAAUAAUAUAUAGAGAGUAAUAAAAGAAUGAAUGAAAAUUUGUUGGGCUUGUUUUGUUGCUGUAUAUUAAAGAACCUUUUAAAACAUUUUA